AUGCGGGAUAGCGAGUCAUUCGAGAUAAUGCGGGAAUCUUCUGCAUAUGUAGGAAGUGAACUUUUUAGGUCGAGCCAGUUAAUUAAGGAUGGGUUAGAUGAAGUGGCUUUGACUGAGAAGAGAAAGAGGUUUACUGAAUACGUAAUGAAUAUGAAUUUACCUAUGGAUCAAUGUUUGACAGCAAUAGGGGCGAUUGAUCCGACGCGGAGGUGCAUCGCGCUCUCGCCGGCGACGCCUCCUCUCGGCGACGACGUGUCGCUUGCGACGUCUGCGGAAGCACGGGGAGGAGAGGAGGUGGGAUGCAGAGCGAAGGUGCCUGAGAAGUACGCGGUUGAGGACGGACUGGAGGGCCCACGUCAGGUCUGCCGGCAGCCGAGGAGGAGGGAUUUCGAGUGCUGCGGGUGCGGGACCCUGUUCGAAAGGAAGGAAAGCUAUGCGAUACACAGAGAGACAUGCGAGGCAACAGUGGGUGAGGAAGAGAGCGAUGGUGGGUAUGGUUCAGGGAGGAAUGUGAUGGGUGGAGUUAAUUUUGGGAUCAGAGCGAAUGCGGUGAACACUGAGUUGUUGUUUCCGAGCUUAUGGGGAAGGGUAUCGUCAGCCACCGGGGAUAAAAAUGCAGAAGAAUGAGCUUAGAGCCAAAGCAGCAUUAAUCAUCUUGUGCAACAGAUGUUGUGAAGCUAGUGCAUCAGUCGCUUUUAAUGUGGGGAGGUGUGCGCGCUCAAGAAUUUUUACUUUACUCUUCAUUACCUCAUAGAUUUCAUAUUUGAAAUGUCUGCUUUAAGGCUUUUUUACACAUGUGAAAUGCUCGUGCACGUUGUAUAUCACCGUUAUGGAAUUGAAACUGAUAUCUGCACUAGAUAUAUAUAUGAGACCAAGUUUCUAUUCACUUA